UCGCCGUCAACAUGUCGCAGUCUCCGAGUGCCGUCCGUUAGAAUAGAGACGUCGCUUAAUAAUAAUUAUUGUCACUAUCGUCGCGUUGACUGUGAUUUUCGUUUCGAAGCAGUGUUUUCCCGUACAUCCGGUUAAACGGUUUUCGGUUUUUCGUCUAUGAAAUCUCGUUUUUUGCGGCCAAAUGAAUAAUGGCCAACACCGUUGCGCCGACCAUGUGUUAUAGUCGCGGGUCCACGGCGGCGGCCGGUCUGUUUGUUUUAUUGUCGUUGACUUUAAGUCACCCGUCCGCCGCGGAAGUUCGGCAUGCCCGACACAAGAGGACAGUAUCGGAUCUCAUGGAAGGACUCAUGAACGCCAUGUAUUUUAACGUGGAUCCAAUGCCCUUGCCCUCCACCGUAAUCGCCCGAAUCACUCACUUGACGGCACCCAAUAAAGUUUACAAGUAUGUUCCAGUGCAAACAUUAAAGUUAUCAAAAUUUCGUGCUCGUCAUAUAGGUGAACCGAAAUUAAGACAAAAAUAUCCAAAAAAAAUUUCAAUAGCUACAAAAGACGCGUCGUUGACCUUGUUGAAAAACGAUCUGCCGUGGACGCUACACCCGCUUCCACCUCCUCUGCCAACGUCCAAAACGAUUAAGCUUGAGGUGGAAAAAUCUAUGCCGUGGGCCUUGCACCCACUUCCACCGCCUGUUAAGACGAAAAAUUAUUCCGAUUACUAUUGGCCGGACUCUAAGACACGGCCAAAGUACUUUUACAGGGCAUUGCCAUUAAAAUCAUACCGCUAUACCAACAAUAAUUACAAAUACAAAAAUCCAAAGGUUCAAGCCAACUUCAAACCCGCCUUGGAGUACAGCAAGCCCGCGGUCGAUUAUAAGACCACCGUCGAUCAUAAUACGAAACCCAACGAUUACAAUGGUCCCGCCGACCAUAAGCAGCCCGUCGAUUAUGAUAGUAAUAAUAAUCAUAAUGACAAUAAUAAUCAGGUAGACUACCCGCUUGAUUCGUUCAAGUACAUAGAUUACAAGCACACCGAUUACAAGCACGUCGAUUACAAGUCUCCAGACUAUAAGUCCGAAUAUCCAAAGCAUACGAUAGACGAUGAGACGCAUGAAAAUAUAAACGACGAUGACCACUUCGAUCACAACGACAUUUAUCAUUAUUCUCACGACGAUCACUCGGCUCAAAGCAACAAUUUGCAGUCGCCACCGUCACAGCCGCCACCUUCUGCCGAGUAUGUUUCACACAUCACCAUUCAACCGUCCAUACAGAUCGCAUCGUUUUCAGAAUCGGAACUGCAAGGCGACGGUACAAACAGUGACAGUAGCAGCGUGUCUCAGGGAGACGCUAAACACCACAGAUCGUGUCAGUGUACGAUAAACGGACACCGACACAAACGUGAUGCCGGCGACGACAAUGCCGGUGACCACAACCUUCGCCGUUUGCCGUGGACGAUGAACAGUACAGCUGUAGAUAUCAACAAAAAUUAUGAUAUCAACAAUCGAACGGCAAACCGGAAGCCAAUAGAUACUAACACGGCGCAGUCUUCACGGAAUGUGUACAUUGCUCCGCGAGUCGGACAUGCAACCGACGUGCAAAUAAUCAAGUCACACGACAUCACCGAUCAGUCGAUGAUCAAUGUUCCAAGUUCUGUGAACGGUCCUAGUUCUACGAAUGGCCCUCAUCUUGCGAACGGUAUGGGUUACGUGCACAAAGUACGCAACAUGAAUAAUGACCAUCCAGUCAUAAAGCUGUCGUCUGUUGAAACGGAUCACGGACAGGCGAAAAAGAAUACGACCACGUUCAGGGACGAGAGUGAUAAGUUCAAAGUGGAAUUUAAUCGUGACAUAAACAAUUGGGAUAAGUCGCAAUCGGCCGGCAACAAACAAGGACGGUACUCGUUGAUAAAAUCUGAUGUAAGCAGUGAUGAUAGUGGAGGCGGUGGAGAGAACUCGAAAAUCACGAAUGACUACGGACACCGACCGACCAGGGACAAACCGGACAUGCGAGAGAAAGGCUAUCACGUGGUCAGGAGCAAGGUGGAGAAUACGAAUCGAGGCGUAUCGUUCAGCGUGCAGACUCCCUUUUCCGUUUCCAGUUUCUCUACGAACGUCCGACAUCCGGAAGAACACCAGUCCCGGUUUCGUUACACCGGACACAAAUCCGAGUUGUCACCAUCGCUAUCGUCAGAACCGUUGUUAUCCUCGUUCCAAAACCAAUAUUCAGAACCGGCGCUGGACUUUGAGCAGUUCGGCUUGAAAUCGGCUUUAGACGACGACCAUCCGCUCAAUCCUGAUCAUUUUUCACGAGACUUAUUCGAAAACAAAUCACCUGAAAUUGGCCGACUCUCAUCGCGAUUUCAAGAAAACUUCGGAAGUGUUGCAACAGAUAGACGUCCCAGUCUCGGGAUUUCGGAUCGACCAGCCUCUUAUUUUUCGAGGGAUUUCGGCCGUGAUGACCGGAGUCGUUUGAAAACUUCAUUGAAACCGUUUCAGUUUAACACAAAACACGGAUCAUCUCAGUCUUCUGAUGAUUUGUUCGACAUCCGGUCGAAAGGUGGGCGUCCGCCGACUGAAGAAUCGUUCUUAGAAUAUUUCCAACCAGUUGUAAUUGAUUUUGAAAACAAUUCAAAGCAGGGCAAUAGUGAUUUCUCCAAAUCGUUCGGCAGCAGCAACAACAACUACGGAGGUAACGAUAAAUCACGGUACUUCGGUAAAACGGAAAAUUCAGUUUUUUCAAAAUUCAAAAAAAAUCAUAACUCUGAUCAACUCCGAUUGCCCGGCCGUUUACACGAAUCCAAUGAGAAUUUGUCAAGAAAAAUGCUUUUACAUCCUUCCACAUUCGACAUAGAUUAGCGCGAGUGACUAGUUAUUUAUACAUAACAGCAGUCAAUAUCAUUUUUCGGCUUACGCCUAAAUUACUUUAAAUGCAUUUCCGUUAUAAACUGUGAUUUACUUAACAAUCGUCGAUUGUAAUAUAAAAAAACAUAUUAGGCCAUCAUGCACUUUAUGUUUGUAAACAAUCAUUAUUAUUAUACGUAUAAUAUAAAUACAUCACUAUUUUAAAAUAAUGUAUACGUAACUAUUUCCAACUAUGUUCUAAAAAGAAUGAAAUAUUUUUUUUUUAAUUUUAUAAUUCAAUGUCAUAUUAGUCGGUUGUUCAUUAUAAG